GGAGCCGAGGCCGUGAUGCCUGACGGCGUGCAGGCCGCGCAGGCGCAGGCCGUGCAGGCCGUGCUGGGGGCGCCCGGCUGAGUCCUCGGACGUGGCGCCACUGUCACUGGAGUCCUCCGAGUCCUCGCAGCCACCCUGCCGUGCCACCCCUCGAUGCCCUCAUGAUUUCCGCGCUGGCGUCGGUCGCCCUGGCCGCCGACUACGCCAACGCCAGCAGUCUGUCCGGCAAUGACUCCCGCAGCGAGGACCUCCUGGCCGAGGGCGCCGAGGGCGGCGGCACCAACGAAUUCCCCGGCUACAUCCGCACCACCUCCAUGGUCUUCUGCAUCUUCAUCCUGGGCAUCGGCGUCAUCGGCAACGUCAUGGUGCCCCUCGUCAUCCUCAAGUCACGCGACAUGCGCAACUCCACCAACAUCUUCCUCACCAACCUCAGCAUCGCCGACCUCAUGGUGCUGCUCGUGUGCACGCCCACCGUGCUCGUCGAGGUCAACUCCAAGCCCGAGACGUGGGUCCUCGGCUCCGAGAUGUGCAAGGCCGUGCCGUUCGUGGAGCUGACGGUGGCGCACGCAUCCGUGCUCACCAUCCUGGCCAUCAGCUUCGAGCGCUACUACGCCAUCUGCGAGCCGCUCAAGGCGGGCUACGUGUGCACCAAGGAGCGGGCCCUACUCAUCUGCUUCCUGGCGUGGGCCUUCGCCGCCGUCUUCACCAGCCCAAUCCUGGCCCUAGCCGAGUACCGCUACGAGGAGUACUGGGACGGCACGCUGGUGCCCGUGUGCGUGACGCCGGCAGACACCUUCUGGAAGGCGGCCUUCUUCGUGGGCACCAUCUCGGUGUUCUUCGGCAUCCCGCUGGUGCUGCUGGUGGCGCUGUACAGCGUCAUCGCGCGCCACCUCAUGGUGUACCCGGGCAUCAUGGCGUCGCACCAGCAGCAGAGCCACCAGCAGAACUCGCAGAGCCAGCCCACCACGCCCAGCGCCAUCAAGUACCGCAAGCAGGUGGUGAUGAUGCUGGGCACGGUGGUGCUGUCCUUCUUCAUCUGCCUGCUACCGUUCCGUGCCUUCACGCUGUGGAUCAUCGUGGUGCCGCCCGAGGACGUGAUGGCGCUGGGCGCGGCCGGCUACUACAACCUGCUCUUCUUCUGCCGCAUCAUGCUGUACCUCAACUCGGCCGUCAACCCCAUCCUGUACAACCUCAUGUCGUCCAAGUUCCGGGACGGCUUCAUGCGUCUGUGCGGCGUCAAGCACUGCAAGAAGAGCCUGCGCCGCAAGGGCACCUUCAACACGACCACGUCCACCACGACGUGCUCCAGCAGCCACAACAACAGGAUGUCCCCCGAGGGCUUCUGGCGACGGAGUAUCACCAGCGCGCGCGGGUCGCUGGGCGGCGACUCCCUGCGCGGCGUGCUGCAGAGGAAGGCCUCCACCACCUCGUCGGACUCCGCGAGCGGCCACGCCGACAGGGUGCCGCCACACCUGACCCACGGCGUCGCCGUCGUGCGCCGCAUGGACUCCGACCCGAGGCUGCCCGUCAACGGCGGCUCAGUGCACCGGCCGCUCAUGGAAGACGUGCUCGAGGACGUCCUCGAAGACGUGCUGGAGGUGCAGCGCAGGCUGCGCUGCAUCGGCGGCCUCGACGAAAGUUUUGUGUGAAGUCGGGCGCACGUGUUGUGCUCGAGUGUGCGUCUAGAACAUUUUAUGAGAACGCUUUGACGAAGGCGGCGUUACUGUGAACGUGUGUGACAUUUUGAUGUGUAGCAAAAUUGUGAACGUUCUAGCUCAAGAAAUUCGUACGAUUAAGUGCAUAAAGGACAGAUUACGCUGCGAACACUCUAUAUCCCAGUGUGCUGUGUGCUCAAAGAGAUUGUCUGCGAGCGUCUGAAGCACUGCAGCUAUGAUUCCGAAAGAAUGCACUGUAUGAACUUGAGUGUACUUCGCCGGACGGUAAACAUGGUACAAGCAUGAGUACCCUGUUUUGGGGAAGGGAUGAAAAGUCAUUGUGGCUAGACAAUUCUUGCUGCUUGAGGGUACUACACCUCUGCAAGAAUAUGUAUUGGAAAUGGAAGACUGAACCGUUCGGACUGAGAAGGAGUGUUUCACAACCCUAGGUGGUUCUAUGCCCUUUAGGAACCUAAGUUCGCCGCCACCUCCCUGUAGUUACACGCAUUUGUGACAACCGUAACGAGAAAAAUGAUCUAAGUGUAAGUUAAACGGUGCGUUUAGUUUGGGUGGCGCAACGUCUGUUGUAAAAUAAAAAAGGCAGUCCUAUAAAUUGAUUUUGUAUGAAUACGUGCGCCCCCUCGUAACGCCGUUUCCUUGACGUCUAUUCCCACCUUUUGCAAGGGAAUUUAAGGUUUCGGAGUGAGUUUCCUUUCUCAUGUUUAACCAUAAGUUGCCAAAAGUGGAAAACGGAGCUUGUACAGGCUGAGCGCCAAAAUGUAACCAACUUUCCCGAAAGCUUCUCUGCUUUUAUGUUCAGUCGAUUUCAACGUGUACUAAUCAAAUAACGGGUAUAUUAAUGUAAUGUUUUUAUUAGUUCUGUGUGAGUGUCACCGUUUUGAUCUCUUCCUCAAUGAGGACAGCUACGAUCUGCCGUAUUCCUAUCGAUAGUCAGUGGCCGGCGGCAUUCGUUCGGUUAUUUUGCAUUUCAAUGUUUUCAAAUGUGUUGGUGAACACCUCAUCUUUCAAAAAUUCACCACUUAAUUAAUCUGAUUAUGAGGAGCAUGAGAGUCUCUUUUGUAUAUUUUCUUUAUUAUCCUCCUCGAUGGGAAGUUAUUUGCUUCCUUCGCGGGAAGCUACUAGUCUGUUUUUUUUUAAUCUUAAUUUUAGUGUGACUGCUACACAAAGCACGUUCUGUAAUUCAAGUAUUCUGUUUGGAAUUCCUCCAGAAAUGCAUUUUAUUAGUGCAAUAGGCUAAGUUAUUUUAUACAGACGUUUCAAUGUCCUACCGUAAAUUUUUAUACUGCCCGAAUCAAGUCAAACUAUUUAUUAACGUAGUGCCAACCUCUCGCGUCUCUAGAGACUGCGACACCUGAGUGUUUUCGUACAAAUGUGUUGGUUAAAUUUUUUCGUACCUCUAACCGCAAUAAACAUUAUUUAUUGUCCA